AUGGCUGCAGCUGUCGCAUCUUCAGAAGAUGAAACUCAAUCGAAGUCACCAACGAUUUCAUUUAUUAAUUCACAGAAAGGAAAACAAUUGCUAAUAGCAAAUGAAUACAUUUUCAAAUUAAAUAAAACAACAACUACUACAAAAUAUUGGAAAUGUGUAGUUAAUAGUUGCUCUGCUAAAAUUCAUACAGAUGUGAAUGGUCAUUUAGUUAAAAUAAAUGAUGAGCAUAGUCAUCCUUCAGAAAAAGAAACUAUUGAAGUUCGUGAAUUUCGAGAGAAAGUUAAACAACGAGCAGUAAAUGAAACAACACCUAUGUUAGUAUUAACGUACGCAAUAAAACAUCCUUCUCUUAAGUCAGAAUUCUAA